CUUUUGUCCUGUAUGUAAGCUACAAGCGCCGUUUUCGCACCGAUUUCAGAUUCAGUCUCUAUGUCCGGACUUUCCAGUUUAGGACCAUUGACUCAGUUACUAGAGAGUUCGCUCUCGGAUAUGUUUAAAAUGAGUGAAUACCAGGAUUUGUUAACUCAGUCUCUUCUUGCAACAAAUCAUGUUCAAGACUGCGCAAUCUUAAAUUUGAAAAAUGCCUCAGUGGUGACAGCUUCCCCUGGAUUCAAAUUGGAACCAGGGGAAACUCAAGUCUUCCUGAAUGCUUUCAGCCAGCCAAGCAACUUUCGAGACGAAGGCCUUUACUUUAAGAAUCUAACCUACUUAUGUGUCAGAGCAGAUAAUAAUUCAGUGUACGGUAAACAUGAAAACAUGGGCCUGGUGUUAGUAAAAACAGGAUCAUAUAUUAUCUGUGCCACUUAUAGGGAGGGGAUGUAUCCAAGUGUGUGUGUUGAAGCUGCAGAGAAACUUGGUGAUUACUUUAAGUCAAAGGGUCUAUGAAAGGAUCAAGGACUGGCCUGUGGAUUUAUUGAUGAUACAUACAACCAUUAAAAAAACACAAUAAGAAAAGGCCACCUGGUGAAUCAAGUCUACUUCUAAAGACCAUGUACACCAUGGACUCCACUCCACCUAUUUCUAUAGCAUUUAUACCGUGAACAUUUCAUCACAAGAUAUUUAUCAAGAUUUGUAAAUCACCAUAGAAAUCUGUUAAGAAGGAGUUUCCUUAUAAAGAUAGAAUUCAAAAACUAGUAUAAAAUUGUUGCUUCACACCAUUAACAAACUGAAGUUUCUCAUUCCAGAUGUGUCUUUGUAUUCCUAUACUAAUUAAAUUAAU